AUGUCUUCCCCGUCCCCCAACGACGCUGCCCUGCGGUACAUCCCAUCGACAACCUGGACAAACGCCACUCGCUCCCCCAUCGAACGCACUCUCAACGACGUCUUCAAAGAGCAUGUCCUCCAGCGCCCGGACGCACCAGCCGUCGCCGCCCACGAUGGGAGCUACACCUACCGCGAGCUGGACGAGCAGUCCGACGCCCUAGCCGACGAACUCCACCGGCAAGGCGUCACCACCGAAGUCGUCGUCGCGCUGCUCUUCGAGAAGUCGAAGCUCAUCAUCGUUGCUCUUUUCGCCGUCAUCAAAGCCGGCGGCGCCAUCCUCCUCUGCGACCCCGAUCUCCCCAUCGCCCGGCUGCAGGAUAUCAUCGACGACUCGGGCGCGUACCUGACCAUCUCAUCGAAAUCAACAGCCAGCAGGGCCGCGGCCCUCACUCCGCGCCAGUACGUGCUCAAUGCACCGUUACCUCGUAUGCCUCCCCAGCCAGCCAGCGAACACAAACACAGAGACAUCCCCCGCCCCAACAACGCGCUCUACAGCGUCUUCACCUCCGGCUCAACCGGAAAACCCAAGGGAUUCCUCAUGGAGCACCGCGCCCUCCUAACAUGCGCCCUCCCCUUCGGCAAAGCGCUCAACCUGACACCCAACUCCCGAACCCUGCAAUUCUCAUCCAACUCCUUCGACCUCGCCAACUUCGAGCACCUCCUCCCCUUCGUCUUCGGCGCCUGCCUCUGCAUCCCCUCCGACGCCGAGCGCAAGAACGACCUCAACGGCGCACUGCGCAAGUAUCUCGUCUCCGCCGCGACAAUGACGCCCUCCGUCAGCCGCCUGCUGGAGCCAGAGACCCUGCCCCUCCUCAAGACCCUGAUGCUAUGCGGCGAGCCCGUCACACCCGACGACAUCCGCCGGUUCGCGCCGCACGUUGCCCUGUACGAUGGGUAUUCGCCCGCGGAGGCGGGGUGCAUUACGAUCAUGAACGGCGCGAAGAGCGAGGCCUGUCCCGCGAAUAUCGGAUCCUCGCUCGGCGUGCUGCCGUGGGUUGUUGAUCCCGACGACUGCGCGCGUCUCCGGGGCGUAGGCGAGACCGGCGAGCUGGUUAUCCAGGGCCAUACCGUGGCGCGCGGGUACUUUGGGCCGGUCGAGAAGAGCGCCGGCUCGUUCAUUGCGCCGCCGGCGUGGGUCUCCGCGCUUGGAUGCGAGGGGUUCGGCGCGCUAUACAAGACCGGCGACUUGGUGCGGUACGAGGCGGAUGGGUCGCUGGUUUUCCUGGGCCGCAAGGACACGCAGGUGAAGCUGCACGGGCAGCGGCUGGAGCCGGGGGAGAUCGAGGCGAGGCUGCGCGCGUUUUUCCCGAUGCCGCAGGCUGUUGUUGUUGAGCUGGUGGAGAUGCAGGCGGGGAGUCCGAUGCUGCUGGCGUUUGUGUGCCCGACGCCGUAUGCAUCUUCCUUUUCGUGUACGUUAUUCCAGACGCCAGACGCGGCGUUUCAGGGCGCAGCCCAGGCUGCGCUUGCCGGGCUGCGCGAUGUCCUGCCUUCGUACAUGGUCCCCUCGGACAUCCUGCUUGUAUCGCAUGUGCCUAUGCUGCCGUCGGGGAAGACAGACCGGCGCUCACUCAGGGACGCGGCGGGCGCGCUCUCGUCCGACGAGAGAAGGGCGUACAGCAGCACGCUCGACGCACGGCGGGACCAGCCCUCCACUGAGCUGGAGACCACGCUGCGUGCCCAGUGGGCGUCGUGCCUUAAGAUUGCAGUUGACCAGAUCGGGGUUGAGGACAACUUCUUCAGUCUUGGUGGGAGCUCCCUCGACGCGAUGCACCUUGCUGCGCGCGCGCGGAAGCUCGGGUUCAACGCCCUUUCGUCGGCCGCGGUCUUCAGGCAUCCGACUGUGCGGUCUCUGGCUCGACACCUUGCCGACGACGCCACGGGGGAAGUUGUAAGCGUUGAGCCCUUUACGCUGGACAGCGAGGUUACGAGUGAGCUGCUCCGGAAGACGCAGCUUGAGCUGGAUGAGCUGGAGGGCGGCUGGAUUCCCACCACAGCCUUCCAGCAGAAGUCCGCGCAGCUCAAAUGCAUGCACAUUGUCGUCAACGUGGCCGGGCUAGAUCACUCACUGCUAGAAGAGGCCUGGGCCAAGGUGCAGCAGAGCCACAUGGCGCUGCGGUCGGUCUACGUCCUGCACGAGGGCACCGUCUACCAAGCCUUCCUGCGUCAGGCACAGACAAAAAUCCCAAUCCACUACUGCGCCAAUCAAUCCCCCGACGACUAUGCGACCGCAUACUCCCCCCAGGACGCCGAGCCCAUCCUCACAGGCCAGCGGUGGUUCCGCAUCAUCCGCGCCAGCACCAGCACGCCCGACAACACCGACAGCGCCCUGAUCAUCCGCACAACCCACGCGCAGUUCGACGCCAUGACCCUAACCGCCAUCUUCACCGACCUGAUGGCCGCGUACAACGACCAGACCCAAAAGAACACACUAUGCCAGCACGAGCACGAGCCAGAGCAUUCCCCCUUCAACACAUACAUGCAGUGGCGCCUCGCGCACAACCGCUCGCCAGCCCAUUUCUCCUUCUGGAAGCAGUAUCUCGCCGGCGCGCAGCUCACCACCCCAAGACUCACAGACCCCUCGGCCCCAGUAGACAAGGAGAGCACAGCGAUGGUCGUGGCCAUGAAACCCGUCCGCACCCGCUCCGGUUCCGCCCUCACACCACCGGCAGGCAUAACCCUCGCCACGAUGUUCCGCGCGGCCUGGGCGCUCGUGCUCUCGCGACACACAGGGGAGACGGACCUGGUGUUCGGCGAGUUCGUCGAGGGCCGCAUGAGCAUGAGCAUGGGCGCGUUUUCCUCGUCCUCGUCCUCGUCCAUCGCCGCCGAGAUCGCGCCCGAGACCGUCACAGGCUGCACGGGCGCCGAAACGCCCAUGCGGAUUGUGGUCCCGCAGGACCCCACCGCAACGGUCCUGGACCUCCUGGCCCACGCGCAGGAGCAGUACGUGCGCCGCGUCCCGUACGAGACGUGCGAGCUGCGCGACGUCGCGGCGUUCGGGGCGUGGGACGCGCCGCAACCGGAGCGGUUUAACCAUGUUCUUGUUGUGGAGAGUGCGGCGCCGAUUCCGGCUGUUGAGAUGGGGGAUCGCGAGUGUGGACAUCGCUGGGUGUUUCAUGGGCGCUUGGAGGAUGUUUAUGUGCAGUUGGUUCCGGGGGAGGAGGUCCGUGUUGUUGUUUUGGGGCCCGAGGUUAGGGUUGCUCAGGGGGUUGCGGAGGAUUUGGUGGGCAGGUUGGCGGAGAUGUUGGGUGUUUUGGGGGAGAUGCCGAAGGCGUUGCUUUCUGAGGUUCCGUGA